GCCCUCUGAUUGCUAAGCCUGAGCUCAUAGCCCAACUAGAAGAGGAAGAAGAGGUGUUUCUCAGGAUCUUCGAUGAAGAGGAGGAACUGGCAGCCUUCAGUCACAACACAAGUCUUACUAAACACGGAGGACUCACACAGGGGAGAAACCAUACAAAUGCCUGGAGUGUGGAAAAGCCUUUGGACGCAGUGAACAGCACUUCCCACCAAACAAUUCACACAGGGGCGAAACAAUACAAAUGCCUGGAGUGUGGAAAAAGUUUCCACAGGAAGACACACCUCACUUCCCACCAAAGAAUUCACACAGGGGAGAAACCAUACAAAUGCCUAGAGUGUGGAAAAGCCUUCGGACGCAGUGAACAGCUUACUUCCCACCAAACAAUUCACACAGGGGAGAAACCAUACAAAUGCCUGGAGUGUGGAAAAGGCUUCAACAGGAGGGAACACCUCACUUCCCACCGAAGAAUUCACACAGGGGAGAAACCAUACAAAUGCCUGGAGUGUGGGAAAGCCUUUUGUCAGAGUGGAAAACUUACUUCCCAUCAAAGAAUUCACACAGGGGAGAAACCAUACAAAUGCCUGGAGUGUGGAAAAGCCUUCAGACGCAGUGAACAGCUUACUUCCCACCGAAGAAUUCACACAGGGGAGAAACCAUACAAAUGCCUGGAGUGUGGGAAAGCAUUCGGUCAGAGUGGAAAACUUACUUCCCAUCAAAGAAUUCACACAGGGGAGAAACCAUACAAAUGCCUGGAGUGUGGAAAAGCCUUCAGUCGGAGUGGAAAACUUACUUCCCAUCAAAGAAUUCACACAGGGGAGAAACCAUACAAAUGCCUGGAGUGUGAGAAAGCCUUCAGUCAUAGCCCAAGUCUUACUAAACACCAGAGGAUUCACACAGGGGAGAAACCAUACAGAUGCCUGGAGUGUGGGAAAGCCUUCAGUCGCAGUGGACAACUUACUUCACAUCAGAGAAUUCACACAGGGGAGAAACCAUACAAAUGCUUGGAGUGUGGAAAAGCCUUUGGUCGGAAUGAUCAACUUACUUCACAUCAAAGAAUUCACACAGGAGAGAAACCAUACAAGUGCCUGGAGUGUAGAAAAGGCUUCAGUCACAGCACAGUUCUUACUAGACACCAGCGGAUUCACACGGGGGAGAAACCAUAUGUAUGCCUGGAGUGUGGAAAAGCCUUCAGACGCAGUGAACAGCUUACUUCCCACCAAACAAUUCACACAGGGGAGAAACCAUACAAAUGCCUGGAGUGUGAAAAAGCCUUCAGUCACAGCACAAGUCUUACUAGACACCAGAGGAUUCACGCAGAGGAGAAACCAUACAAAUGCGUGGAGUAUGGAAAAGCCUUCAGAACAAGUGGACAGCUUCCUUGCCAUCAGAUAAUUCACACAGGGGAGAAACCAUACAAAUGUCUGCAGUGUGGAAGAUGCUUCAGUCAGAGUGGAAGACUUACUUCCCAUCAAAGAACUCACAAAGGAGAGAAACCGUACAAAUGCCUGGAGUGUGGAAAAGCCUUUAGUCACAGCACAAGUCUUACUAGACACCAGAGGAUUCACACAGGGGAGAAACCAUACAAAUGCCUGGAGUGUGGAAAAGCCUUCAUUCAAGCACAGUGGCAACCUCACUUCCCAUCAAAGAAUUCAUACAGGGCAGAAGACAUAUAAAUGCUAGGAGUGUGGGAAAGGUUCCAGUUCCAGUACAACUUUACUUCACCUCGAAGAAUUCAUGCAGGGGAAAAACAUAUAUUGGUAUAUGACCAGACUGUGGGAAAGCUUUCACGUUCAGAGCAGAACUUACUUCCCAUCAAAGAACACACACGGCAGAAACCAUAUUCAUGUCUGAAGUGUGAGAAGCACUUCAGUGCGGGGGGCACCUUACUUCACAUCAAAGAAUUCACACAGGGAGAAACCAUAUAUGUGCUAGGAAUGUGGAAAAAGCUUCACUUGCAGAACAAAACUGAUUUCCCAUCAAAGAAUUCAGACAGGGAAAAAACAUACAAAUGCCUGGAAUGUGGUAUAGCCUUCAGUCACAGUAGAAGCCUCACUUUCCAUCAAAAAACUCACACUCUCCGAGUCAGUGGAUUCCAGUGUCAAACAUGCUUUAGCAUCCGAAAAUUCUACCUAGCGAUUAGGUGGAAUCUCAUUCCUUCACCUGGAAUACAUUACUUCAUGUCCUAAUCUCUGGAUCAGUAGAAAACAUGCUUGCACCAUUUUCAACACGACAUCCCUUCAGAUAUUUAAACAUGGCUGUCAUGGUAUCGUCCCCCUAACCUUCUCUUCUUUAGACUCAACAUAACCUGUUCCCGAAGUCUUUCCUCUUAGGGCAUGGAUUCUAGACCGUUUACCAUUUUGGUCACCUUACUGUGGAGACACUCCAGUAUUUUUCAUGCAUUGUGGUGCCCGGAACUGGACACAGUAUUCCAGGUGAGGUCUGACCAAUGCAGAAUAGAGUGGUAAAAUUACUUCCCCAAGAUGCACCCUAUAGUUUUGAUCAAGGAACGUAUGGAAAGCUGUCAGCCUUGUAUGUGUUGGUCCCACAUUUCAACGGGUCUCACAGAACAGGGCCUCUCUGAUUAGUCCCAUCCUGAUUGUGGGCCAGAUCCUUUUGUCACCCCAAAAGACAAACCCAUCAAGAUCUGCUCUCCCACAUCUGACUCAUCACAGAGCCUGGAAACUGGCAUUUUUCCCAGGGCGGAAAGAUUUUUCCCCCUAAAAUAUUCUCCAUCAAAGCAAACAACAACACUAUUAAGUGUCUGAUGAUUGGCCUUGGGUGUAGAAGGUAAUUCUUUGUGACACCUACUGGAAAAUAGAGCUUAAA